CAGCGCAACAUCCCCGUCCGCGGUCUACGGCCGGUAUACUACAUGCUCGCGUUCGGCGCCGUCAUGGCAUACGGUUGGCGCCAGACGUUCAUCGGCCAGCGGGAGAAGCUCGAGCUGGGCCGCGAGAAGAUCUGGGCCCGUCUGCACCUCAUUCCGCUCCUGCAAGCCGAGGAAGAUAGAGACCAGGUCCGCAGGCACUAUGCCGAUCUCGCCCGUGAACAGGAGCUGUUGGGAAGCCAGAGUACUCCGUAUAAUAGUGAUAGGUACGUUCCCGGCAUCUUUUCCCUUCCGAGAGAUUUGUGUUGUUUG